GAGGAGGGGGGAGGAAAAACACUAAAGGGGUAGCUAUGGAGAUGGAGCGUUUUCCUGGCUGCUUUCUUUGACAGGUGUUGAGUGGGGCAAAAGUCUUAAAACAGAAUUCAGCAUGUACGCCAAAGGUAAAGGAGCUGUCGUCCCUUCCGAUAGCCAAGCGAGAGAAAAGUUAGCUUUAUACGUCUAUGAGUAUUUACUGCAUGUUGGCGCACAGAAAUCCGCACAGACCUUCCUGUCAGAGAUCCGAUGGGAGAAGAAUAUCACACUUGGGGAACCGCCAGGAUUUUUACACUCAUGGUGGUGUGUAUUCUGGGAUCUGUACUGCGCCGCCCCGGACCGGAGGGAGACAUGCGAACAUUCCAGCGAGGCCAAGGCUUUCCAUGACUAUAGUGCGGCCGCUGCUCCCAGUCCAGUGAUGGGUAACAUGCCACCCAAUGACGGCAUGCCAGGAGGACCCAUGCCCCCUGGCUUCUUUCAAGGUCCUCCAGGAUCUCAGCCUUCUCCUCACACACAGCCCCCACCACACAACCCCAGCAAUCCCAUGAUGGGACCCCAUGGACAGCCCUUCAUGUCUCCACGGUACCCAGGAGGCCCCAGACCUUCCCUCCGAAUGCCAAACCAGCCUCCCGGGAGCAUCCCGGGCUCUCAGCCCCUCCUUCCAAACAGUCUGGAUCCCACUAGACCUCAAGGACAUCCAAACAUGGGAGGUCCGAUGAGAAUGAACCCCCCACGAGGAAUGGGAGGCAUGGGCCCACAGAACUACGGCGGAGGGAUGAGGCCUCCUCCGAACUCCAUGGGGCCAGGGAUGCCAGGGAUGAACAUGGGUCCCAGUGGAAGAGGUCCAUGGCCGAAUCCCAACAAUAAUUCGAUAGCUUAUUCAUCCUCAUCUCCAGGAAACUAUGUGGGUCCCCCAGGUGGAGGUGGACCACCAGGAACUCCAAUAAUGCCCAGUCCUGGAGAUUCCACAAAUUCAAGCGAAAACAUCUACACAAUGAUGAACCCCAUUGGUCCAGGUGGAAACAGACCGAAUUUCCCAAUGGGACCAGGUCCGGAUGGACCAAUGGGAGGAAUGGGAGCAAUGGAGCAGCAUCAUAUGAACGGAUCACUAGGCUCUGGGGACAUGGAUGGGUUGCCAAAGAAUUCGCCUAACAAUAUGGCAGGCAUGAACAAUCCUCCCGGCACUCCACGGGAUGAUGGCGAGAUGGCAGGCAACUUUUUAAACCCAUUCCAAAGUGAAAGUUAUUCACCCAACAUGACGAUGAGUGUGUGAUUUUUUUUUUUUAAUCUUUCAUUUUACCUCUUCAUCUCCCUUUAUCUGAAUCCCUUCCUCCCCGACCACCAUGGUGUGUCUUGCGUUGCCCUCUUCCUCCUCCUCUUCCUUCCUUCCCUUCCUCCUCAUCCUCCUCUUCGUGGAUGGCUUGUGGUGCCACACAGCCCCUGGGGAUUCCCCUGGAAAGCAGGACUUCCCUUCGAGCCCCACAUCCCACUGCCUGUAAAAUGGGUGUGAGAGCGUGAAAGGGUCUCCAAACAGCAGGAAGGACCUUCUGCUCCAUCAAGAGCCUGGCUCUCCUUCAGCAAGAACCUUCUCAUGUAGGCCCCCCCAGGAUUGCGCUCUUCAUUUAGCUCUUUCCCACCCGGACGCCGCCAUCAGAUCAUGAACACGGAGGACUUUGCAGCUGUUGACUCACGUGGGACUUUUCAAAAACUCUCCUCUUGUGGCAGGCGUUUCAAAAGAAUGAACUGAUAAUACUAUUUUAGGACAACUUUCAUUUAAUAUUUGUUUUGUUUUUGUGGGUGAUAAUAAUCUUAUUUUAAUAAUUGCGAUUAUCCAGCUAAUGUAGGUAUGAAUUUUCCUGUCAAAGGGCACAUUGUAUCUCUGCAGCAGCAUCAAUGACGACAGAAGAAGCACACACCUGAGAAAUGCACAAUGACUUUCUGUUUACAUGAUUUGAGGCCGUUUGUUGUUUGUGUUUUUGUCUCAUUGCGUGGAUUUCCAUCAAACUGCGUUUCAAGGUGCAACUGACCUCCCAGCUAUUCUUCAUUGACAGAGAAACAGCUACUUAACCACAUCAGCAUCAUGUAAUGGUGAUGUUGUUAAAAGAAAAUGUCUAUUUGUUCUGCUAUAGGUUGUCUGCAGAUGCACAUUGGAUGAUCAGCUGUUUAUCUGUCUUGUCUUAGAAAAAAAAUCCCCUCAUUUAUCUGUUUCACUUGUACACAGUAGCUCAGUCGGGAUACUCUGACGGUCCUCACAGGAACUGCUCUCGGUAACUCAGUUUGUGAAUCUUAGAUUUCCCCUCAUCUGUAAAUAAUAGGUUUGGCUUGUGUUGUUCUUGUGUUCUUGUUAUUUACGAGUUGUCAGUGAAUCGUCCAACUUGGUUACAUUUUCUUUUUCUCUCUUCUGGACUUCCUGUGUGGUAAAGUUUCCAUCUGGGAUUCACUCAAAGCUCUGGACAGUGUCACAUUUUUGGUCCGGUGAAUCAUUUUAAACCUUGUGAUACUCUCACAAAACCUAACUUGCUUUCAAUUGUCAGGUGUAAGAUUCUCAGGGUGUGAUGAAAUCCUAUGGUAUCAAGAUGUUAACACCUAAAAAAAAUCUAAGCAAAACUGUUUAAAAUAAAGAAAAACAAAACAGUUACUACCCCGCCUCUCGCCCGGAACGUUAGCUGGAGAUAGGCACCAGCACCUCCUGACCCCGCUAGGGACAAGGGUGUAAGAAAAUGGCUGGAUGGAUGGACAACAGUUACUCCCAUUUAAGCUAAAAUGCUACAGCAUUUAAAUAUUGUUACUUUGAUUUGUUUUAGGCAAAAAUAUGGAAUAAACUGGGUUUAAUUCACAAAAUAUUAUAGCUUUUACUUCUUUUUGCUCUUUAUGUAGGUGCUGUAACCAACAAUUUCAUAACAGCUAAUAAUAGAAUAGAUUUGAUCAUUUUAAAUGCAGUAAAGCUAAUAAUGAAAUAACCUCGAAUCUUGUUAAAAAAAGACCAAUAGGAGCACCAAAAGUGUUGUUGUGUUUUUUUUAUUUAAAGUUUUAAAACCUUGGUAUACCUUCAUUCUGAUAAUCUGCCCAUGCCAAUCACAGAGUUGGAUGAUCCCUUUCAGACAACACAGUGAACCGGCUGCUUAGGCAAGUUUCUUAACUUUGUUGUGAUGGACUUGUCUAGAUAAGACGACGCACCUUGAAUUUUCCACAACGUGCAGCCACAGUGGUCUAAAGAAGAGAGCAAUCAUAGAAGACUGUAAAGAAGAUAGGUCUUUUCAGUGAACUACUUUCAUUUUUUAUGCAUUUAGCUGAAAUCUAAUCGUCACACUAAGCAAAACAUGGCUACAUAUCAAACGAUUUGAGUGUUUUCCUGUAUGUUCUGUUCUCUGCCUUGUCACUGCUGCUAAAAUCAAAUUUGCUUUGCAUCACUCACAUCAACAAACAAUAAGCAAUCAACAUUUGAAGCCUCUGUGGGUGAUGGUGACACAGCUAUCUGUUUCCUGAUAUCAGCGGAAACAGGGAUAUCUCCAGGAUUUGGCAGUCCCUGACCUGGGAAUCAGUCUCUCCUUCCUUGAAUUUAGUGAAACGCUUCCCCUCUUUCCUCUCCCUCCCACCCCAACCACCCUUUCUUUUUCGUUAUUGUUUUUUUUUCUUUUUGUAAAUACUGUAAAAUGCAUUUUGAUAUCAUUGACAUGUUUUUGAUAUGUCAGUCACUACCAAUGAAUACAGCUGAAAGUAAAUUAUAAAUAAAACUGUUCAUGUUUUUUUCAUAGAGAAAAAGAUGCGUUAACCUAACCAUUUGGCUCAUGUGGCUAAAUUUAUAAGAUACUGUAAAGUGGCCGAAUGUGUAAAUGACGGCAACGUGGUGAAGGCAUUGAAAGAAAGGAUAGGACAGAAAGAGGACAGGACAGAGAGACGCAAAACGGGCCGAGGCAUCCCCGCUCCGGCUCUCCACUCCUUUUUUCUCUGUAUAAUGUUACUGUUAGCUAUGAAAUAGAAAAAAAAACCUGUGACCAGAUUUUCCACAGGGCAUUUUUUUUCCUAUAGAAAUGUGACCUUGUGUUGCAGUUUUUGAUAUGAAGGAUUUUAUCAAUACCAGAAAACUUUUAAACUAGGAAAAAAAAAGGAAUCAUGAUUAUACAGUAAGAGUACGUCAAAAUCAGAAACAUGGGGGGGGAAACUGUGUUGUUAUCCACUCCUGUGAUAGCAUUGUAUAGUGAAAAACUCUCUCACUGAUCCUCUCUCGGUCCUCUGUGUAUAUUGAUCGCUGGCCAUCUCUGUACUUCUAUUGUGAUGUAUAAUACUGUACCAUUAGGAAGAUUUGCUGGUCGGAUGGGCUGGUUGUUUUACUCUGGGAGGGUUUGGCUUGAACCAUUCACGGUCCUCUCAGAUGACUCGGCAGUAUUCAAUAUGAAGCAGUCUGUCUCUUGGGUUUGCUUUGUAUUUCAUGGUAGGAUAGUUGAGAAUCUUGUCUUAGGGACUUAGGUGUCUUGUGUAGGUAAUAAAGAUGUUCUUUGUAUGUUUCUUUAUAUUGUAAAGUUUCUUUAGACUGAAAGAAAAACAGAUAAUUUGCUUAUAAAAAAGAAACAAUGCAUCAAUAAUAAAUGUCAUUUGAUUUUUU